AAUAAAGUUGCCAAGAGUGGUGUAUAAAAAUUAUUCGGCUUGCCUUGCCACUUUCAUUGUACCAGUCGCUUUAACGGUGGACCAUUAGUUAUUUCCUUCUCCUCGAAGCAAACACUUGUUCCCAGCCAUGGAUGUAGAUCUUGUCAACAGAGAUCCCAACGGGCUUAACACCCAUUUGAAGGUCCAAUUCGAAGAUGUCUUGGCGGAACCCGAGGGAGCCCGUAGUAUCGACUGCGUCUGGAAGCUGUCUUACACCUGCUUCAAUCUUUGGCUCGGACUUUGCUACAAACUUCUGACCCUCUGCUACGGAAUCUGUAUUGCCGCCGAGUGGGGUUGCGAAUUCGCUUCGAUUGCUUUCUACCACGUCUGGUACAUCACACCAAUCUUGAGAAUGUGCGAGAUCAACUGUGCUGUGUUCACCAAGGUUACCAAGACCUGCAUGGGUUGUUGCAUGGAGCCAUGUUGCGAAGCUUGCGGUGCUCUCUUUGUCCAUUUCAAGAAAUAGACAGCUAAAAUUAAAUAAACUUCAUUGUUUUCGCAAACUUUUCUUUUUGUGUUAAAAUAAUAUUUCGAACUGAUAAACUUAAAAAAGGACGAAAAAGAAAAGAGAGCGAUGAUGUAAUUAAUGGAUAAACUUUUAGUAAAAUAUAUAAUGGACUUAAUUUUACAAGAAAAUAUAAAAGAUAUUUCUUAGAUAAACUGAAGACGCAAGCAGCUGUUUAGUGCGCAUGCGUCGACAAUGACGUUUUGUCUAAGUAAUUUCAUAACUAAACCCCGUUACAAGCGACUGUGAUAUUUUUUCUCGAUAUUCAUUUAUAUAUUUAUUGAUGCAUGUAAUUUCAUGUUAUUAACUUGUUAUAUAUGUGAAUAUUUUUCAUAUAAAAAUAUUAAAAUUGAUGAAAAAAACCUUAAAAA